CAGCGCCUCGACAGAAACUGAAGAGAAGAGGAGCAGAGGGGAGGAAGAGUGUGACUGAACUGAACUCACAGGAGCUACAUACCUGCUCCCAGAGGAGCUGACAGCGACAGGUGAGCUCAGCCGCUCCCCACACACACCAGAGAAGAGACCGAGGAGCCGCUGGGAAGUGGAGGAGAAGAAACUUCCACCGUUCAAAGUCACUUCACAGGAGAGAGCGAGAGAGAGAGAGCGUCAGGGGAGCGGAGUGAGACGGUGGCUGUAACAUGACAUCGAUGAAGGAGGAUUAAAUCUCGGGUUCGUCGGUGUAAAAAUGAAACUUGUGUUGCCACAGUGAAGAGUGUCUCCGGUGCGGAGGGGGAUGGCUUGAUUGGUGUGCCCGGCAGAGAGCGGCGGGACAGAGCGCAUGUUCUUGCGGCGCACGGAACAAAGUUUGCUGCGCUUCUCCCGGACACGGUUCGACUUUCUUAGACACGCCGCUGCUGUGACCGCUCCUCGCGCCCCUCGCGCCCCUCGGCGGUGGGGUCCCCCCGGCUCCGGCUCUGGUGUCCGGCCCGCAGCUGUCCACGAUGUCCAAACCCGCGCUGAAGAAAACCCACUGGACCUCCAAGGUGACCGAGAGCUCCCUGUCCAAAGAUGCCCGCGGAGAGCUCAACGUGCCGCUGCGAGGCGGCGCGGAGAACGGGGAGUUCGCCCACAUCGGCCCGGUGAACCAGGACAUGGUGCUUUACAAAACUGGGAAAUUAAACGAAGGGGAACUGCUGCUGGAGGUGGAGAACCUCUCCAUCUCGGGAUUACCCCUGUACGACGUGCAGACACUGAUUAACAACUGCAAAGGGGCCGUCAGGUUGAAAAGUGUGAGACAAGGAAACAAGCUCAACAAGGACCUGAAGAAUUAUCUGAGCCUGCGCUUCCAGAAGUCCUCGCCUGACCACGAACUGCAGCAGACCAUCCGAGACAACCUCUACCGUCACGCCGUGCCUUGUACAACCCGUUCCCCACGCGAAGGAGAAGUUAGUGGCGUGGAUUACAACUUCCUCUCAGUGGAGGACUUCCUGGAAUUGGAAAAGAGUGGGACCCUGUUGGAGAUAGGAACGUAUGACGGUAACUAUUAUGGGACGCCCAAGCCGCCGGUGCAGCCCCCUGGUGGGAAAGUGAUUAGCCGUAGCGGUAGCAGUGGUGAUGCUCCACUGCCAGACGGGCUCAGCGGUAGCCUACCAGGCUCACAGAACUCCACUCCCCGACGUUCCAAGUCCUACCAUGAUAUGCACAAUGCUGGAAUAGGGCCUGUACAGCACCAGCAGGAGGACGACGAGGACCUUCCUGACAUGAACAGUAGCUUUACAGGAGACUCCAGUGAAUUAGACGAGAUUCAUCACUCGGUGCGCCCCUACAUCCCGCGCCAGAGUGAGCCGUCCUACCCUGGGAGGACCCCCUCACCAUCGGCCACCACGGAGAGCACACAGCAGACACACUCUCACCCGAGCCAUCCUCCCCCGGAGGACCCACAGGGACCUCUGCCUGAUAACUGGGAGAUGGCCUACACCGAGAAUGGGGAGGUCUACUUUAUAGACCACAAUACAAAAACCACCUCCUGGAUAGACCCUCGGUGCCUGGACAAGCCUCAGAAACCCCUGGAAGAAUGUGAAGAUGAUGAGGGGGUGCAUACAGAGGAGCUGGACAAUGAUCUAGAACUUCCACCAGGAUGGGAGAAAAUAGACGAUCCAGUGUACGGGGUCUACUAUGUUGAUCAUAUCAACAGGAAGACCCAGUAUGAGAAUCCAGUGCUGGAGGCUAAAAGGCGCAGGCAGCUGGAGCAGCAGCAGCCUCAGCCGCAAAGCCAGCAGCCACCUGAAGAAUGGAUCGAAGACUCGACAUUGGCUGGUGCCCCUCUGGCCAGCUAUGCUGCCAACCACCAGGAGACCUACAGGGACCCUCAGACGGCACCCCCAGUCCCCAACGCCAUGGGACAAAAAAGGGGGAAACCUUUCUUUACUCGGAACCGAUCCGAGCUGAAUGGGACUUUCAUUGACACCAAGUUGAAAAAGAGUCGUAGAGGGUUUGGCUUCACUGUCGUAGGAGGCGACGAGCCAGACGAGUUCUUACAGAUUAAGAGUCUGGUCCUUGAUGGACCUGCAGCCCUGGAUGGCAAGAUGGAGACAGGUGAUGUAAUCGUGAGCGUCAACGAUACAUGUGUACUUGGCUACACCCAUGCCCAAGUUGUAAAGAUCUUCCAGUCCAUCCCAAUUGGCUCCAUGGUCAACUUGGAGCUGUGCCGUGGCUACCCACUCCCCUUUGAUCCCGAUGACCCCAACACCAGCCUGGUUACCUCAGUGGCUAUUCUUGAAAACAAAGAUCCCAUCAUCGUCAACGGCCAGGAGGCCACCAAAAGCUACAACUCCCCAUCCAGCCACGGCAGUCAGAACAACAACAACAUCUUGAACAACGGCGGCGCACCCCUGAAUGGCCUCCCGCGAUCCCACAGCCCCUCCGCUGAGGUGGCCUCCGAUACCUCUUCCCAGCACGGCUACCCCAGCGACUCGGUCACCCUCGCCUCAUCCAUCGCCACGCAACCAGAACUCAUCACCGUACACAUGGAGAAAGGAGACAAGGGCUUCGGCUUUACCAUUGCCGACAGUCCCGGAGGAGGGGGGCAGAGGGUGAAGCAGAUCGUGGACUACCCUCGCUGCCGUGGCCUCAAGGAGGGGGACAUCAUCGUGGAGGUGAACAAGAGAAACGUGCAGAGCAUGUCUCACAACCAGGUGGUUGACAUGCUCAGCAAGUGUCCCAAAGGCAGAGAGGUGACCAUGCUGGUACAGAGAGGGGUGGCACCUGCAAAGAAGAGCCCCAAACUGCAGUUAUCACGGAAAGACAGUCAGAACAGCUCCCAGCAUAGCGUUUCCAGCCACCGGAGCGCCCACACGGACUCGCCCGUGCACCUAUCCCUGGCUCCGCCUCUCAACGAGAACGCCCCUCCCCCGCCACCCUCUCAGCCCCUGCCAGGCCUGCCGCCCCAGGACAUCCCGGCAGACGGGACCAUCCAGAGAAAGCCGGACCCUUUUAAGAUUUGGGCCCAAUCCAGGAGCAUGUAUGAAAGUAGGCUUCCAGACUUCCAGGAGCAGGACAUUUUCCUGUGGAGGAAGGACACGGGGUUCGGCUUCAGGAUUCUCGGAGGCAAUGAGGCCGGAGAGCCAAUCUACAUUGGCCACAUAGUGAAGUUUGGUGCUGCAGACGAGGACGGGCGCCUGCGGUCGGGCGAUGAGCUGGUAUGCGUGGACGGCACAGCGGUGGUGGGCAAGUCGCACCAACUGGUGGUGCAGCUGAUGCAGCAGGCGGCCAAGCAGGGCCACGUCAACCUCACUGUGCGGCGUAAAACCAACUACACCGCCAAAGCUGAGGGAGAUGUCCCUCCGUCGCCAGCAUCCUCCCACCACAGCAGCACCCAGGCACCCAGUCUGACGGAAGAGAUAGGCAAGCGCACCCCACAGGGCAGCCAGAACUCCCUCAACACCGUCAGCUCCAGCAGCGGCUCCACCUCCGGCAUCGGCAGCGGGGGAGGGGGCGGAGGGGCAGGGGGCAGCGGCAACCCUGUCGUCCCGGCCGCGGCCACCACCACCUCCUCUCAGCCCCUCAAUGCCAACUCCACUGCCUCCUCCACCUUGCAGCCAUACGACGUGGAGAUCCACCGCGGCGAGAACGAAGGAUUCGGCUUCGUCAUCGUCUCGUCUGUGUCGCGGCCCGAAGCCGGCACCACAUUCGCUGGCAAUGCAUGUGUUGCCAUGCCCCACAAAAUAGGGCGCAUCAUCGAGGGGAGCCCGGCAGACCGCUGCGGCAAGCUGAAAGUGGGCGACCGCAUCCUGGCCGUGAACGCAUGCUCCAUCACCAACAAGUCGCAUUCUGACAUCGUCAACCUCAUCAAGGAGGCCGGGAACACCGUCACGCUACGCAUCAUUCCUGGAGACGAGUCGUCAAAUGCAUCUUUGUUGACCAAUGCAGAGAAGAUUGCCACCAUAACCACCACUCACACACCUCAGCAACAGGCCGCGCCGGAGGCCAGGAACAACACCAAACCAAAACAAGAAUCGUUUGAAUUCACACCCCCACAAGGACCUCCUCCCCAGCCCCCGACACAAGUCUCAUCUCAGGAUUCUGAGUUCUACUCAGUGGACCUGGACCGAGACAACAAAGGCUUUGGCUUCAGUCUGCGCGGAGGCAGAGAAUACAACAUGGACCUGUACGUGCUGAGGUUAGCUGAGGAAGGAGCGGCCGUACGGAACGGAAAGAUCAGGGUUGGUGAUGAGAUCCUGGAGAUUAACGGCGAGAGCACAAAGGGCAUGAAGCAUGCACGAGCCAUCGAGCUCAUCAAGAGCGGAGGCCGGCGCGUCCAUCUGGUGCUUAAGAGGGGUGACGGCUCUGUGCCGGAAUAUGGUGGGUCAAUCUACGAAAACAUUCCCUUCUCCCCCAUCUUCACACCCUGAGCCAGGGGGGACGCCCAGUGGACAGUGGUGGGUUGAAGGGGAAAGCGGGGGAAGAACUUUUUGCCCUCCCAGGACCCUUCACUCAUCCCUGGGACAACCCCUCCAGGGAGUGUUAGUCUGGGUUUGGUUGGUGGUGGUUCUCUUUCUGGUGGAGGUCAAAUCUGGGCUUUGGGAUUUUGGGGGGGUGAAGGACGAGCAGGGGGUGGAGGGUGUUCCCGAGGGUGCCGUCGACCUGCCCUGCUCUCACCUGCUCUCAGUUUCUGUGUUUGCCCGCUGUCACCCGCACUCCGCUGGGACUUCACAGGAAGGUGGUGGGUCUGAUUUCAGUGCUUCAUGAAAAUAGAAACUGUUUACAGAGUUUGAAUGAUGGAGUAUUGAAAAAAAUCUAUGUUUCUGGUAGGUAAGAAGUGAUAUCGGUUGGCUUUGAUUCCUCAUUAACACUUGUUCAGAGGAAGAGAAAGUUGUAACCCUGAUAAAAUGGGAUAUCUUGCAGCUUUGGUUAGGACAUAUUUAUAAUAUUUAUUGAAGGUGAAUGUAAGCUACUGAACUCGUUUAGGGUUUUGAGUGAGAUCUGUAUUGAGAAGAACAAAAGGCUGUUUGAUGCUUCUUUUUUUACCAUUUCAAAAACAAAUCUCUCACGUUACUGUGCUUGAUAUUACUCACUAAUCCAUGGAUUUUAUUUGCACCCACUGUUAAUGUCAUUGAAAAGCUGUGACGAUAGGAACUCCACCCAUCCCUGUUGAAAAUAGAAAAAGAGCCUCUCCAGUUAUAAAGACAUUUUGUACAGUGAUGAAAAGAAUAGAUGCAUUUUUACAAAUAUUUUUGUUCCGUGUACAGAGCCAUGAAUCCAAGACACAUAUUAAUGGAUAAAAGUCUAUUGCUGCAUGAACUUGUCAAAAGUGUAAAUUGGAUUGUUUUCCCUUUUAAUGUCUAUUUUCCAUAAUAUUUAUGGAACGUUUUUUUUUUUUCUUCUUCGUAUUGACCAGUUUUGAUUGAUAGUAACAAGUCAUCAUAUCUGGGGGGUUUUUCUUACUUUGAGUGGAGAUACAUUUACUUGUCUUGAAAAGUUCAUCAGUGUUAUUUUCUUUGGGCUAAGAAUGUGACGUCUGUACCUGCACCAAUUCUAGGGCUGUCCCGAAUGCCACUGAAGAGCUUUGACGUUUAAGUAAUAUGAUAAUAAUUUUUUGUCAAAUCAAUGAAAUAUUCCCUGGAAAAUCUGUUAAAAUUGAAAAAAAUAAGUCUUAACUCCCAAUGAUAAUGAAAGUGGAAGAAAAAGGUUCUGACCACUGAUCGGAUCCGCAAACAAAAUGUAAUGGUUUCUUUCCUGACCUGUAGCGCAUCCUUCCGCCAAGUUUCAUAGAAAUCGGUUAUAUAAAUUUUUGCAUAUCAAAUGAAAAAUCGAACUAACAACAUGUGAAAACAUUACGUCCUUGGCGGAAGUCAUUAUUGGCAAAUCCUUCAAGCUUCAGUCAACAAAUGUCCUUGUCUGAGAAUAACUAAUUAAAUCAGAAUUUUUGGGCUGGAUUGACAGCAUUUGACUUUCAUUUGAUUACAAUGGUCAACGCCGAAGAUUUGAGGAAUUCGGGACAGCCCCCUCUGAUAAGACAUCAUGUAAAGUUGUAUAUUUUUGGGUCAUUGUUUGUACUUUUUAGUUGGAACAACCAUUUUACAGUUUUGCCAGUAAUUUUUUAUUUUUUUGUCAGCUAUGUAAUUAGCUUCAUAUACUAUUGUUGUGAAUGUUGAAGUCUCACUGUCUUUACUUUCUGUUUUGGGUUUUCUGCUGCUUCUGUGUUCACAUCUCUAGGUGUGUUUGUGUGGUUGUGGAUGUGCAUUCGUGUGUGUGUGUUUUUGUGCACAUGCAGGACUUUUCUCUGUAACUGGUGUUUUCCACUGAAGGGUUUGGGGUAUUUCCUGGACUGUCUCUUUAUUCUCGGUGACUCAAUGAUCAAAUAAACACAUUUUUUUCCAUUGAAAAAAUCAACACAAUAAUUCUCCUUUUCUUCCUUCAUGUCGGUUCCAGGGAUCUAAACAACUGUGCUCUUCUCUUUUCUUCUGUUUCUGUGUAUCUUCUCCCUCUUCCCCGUAUUGCACUGGGCUCUUGUCUU